CUCUUACUACUAUAAAAGCGUGAAUAUCACCAGUGUGCGCGGGAAGAGUGGGCGGGUCGGAGGCGCGAGGCAGCGCUGGUCAGGUGAUAAAAUACCGUCACUUCACUUCACCUGCUCUAGUUUCCGCACGGACAUUAAACAAGCCCAAAUGGCUGAACAGCACUCAGAGCUAGAAUUGGCCAUAAACACCUUGGUCGAAAACUUCCAUUCAGCAUCGCCUACAAAUGGUGACAAGCUCACAGCCCAGGAGUUCCAGACUAUGAUCACCAAAGAGCUGCCAAACAUGGUGAAGACUGCAGGGGACCAGGAAGGACUCAACAAACUCCUGUUGGACAUAAAUGUGGAAGAGGGGAAGGGCGUCACAUUCAAGGAUUUUUGGCAGUUGGUUGAUUCUCUGGCCACUUCUCAGUUUGGAUUGCUGAGCAAAGAGAAACAAGUGAAAUGUGUGAAAUGUAGUCUGAUGUAACACCGGCCCUAAGCAAACAAGACGACAGCCAGCACAGCCCUGAGAAAACACGUCCAAUCAGCAGCUCAUAUUGGUCAUCACCCUAUGCAAUACUGUACAUGUCACUCUAUUGGUCUUUUUGGUAUAUUCACUGAGGUCUUCCUGAAUAAAUACCCAAGAAGGCCUUACGACACAGAGCGUGAGUAAUCUCUACCAUCAGUGUAACCUGAGCCACACCUGCCUGGCCAGAUAACGUAAGACCUAGUGGCUAAUUUACUUCCUCUUUUAUUCUGGUGCUGCAGGUUUUUUGUAUUAUUGUGUCACCUUUAACCUGCCCAAGCCUUAUUGUUUUUUGUCCACAUAUGAAAAUGGGAAAUUAUUUGUUAUGUGCUAGAUGUGACAACUGUGAUCGUAUUUGAUAAAACUGUGGGCCACAUAUCUGUUUGGGCUGAAAAUAUGAAUUGCAAAAGAGAUGUUAGUAAAAUAUCUUGUAGAGGGAAAUAGAAAUGUGACACCACAUAUUUUGUACUGUAUUUGACUUUGUUAACACAAUGUGAUUAUCUGUGUUGAUACUAUUAAAUAUGUGCCAAAGA